AUGGAAGAAAAAGGAUAUUUGAGAUUGGUAAUCGCAAAAUCUAAGGAUGCAACACAAAGAUACGCGAUUCCAUACGGCGGAUUAUAUCGAUUCAUAAGUUGUCCUAGCUAUUUUGGGGAGACAACUCAAUGGUUUGGAUUUGCCAUUGCAACUUGGUAUAGCCCGCCAGCUAUUAUAUUUGCAUUAGCUACACCCGCUAAUUUGUUACCAAGAGCGAUAUCCACGCAUACUUGGUAUAAAGAGAACUUUAAAGAUAAAUACCCAAAGGACCGAAAAUCAAUUAUACCAUUUUUAUUUUAA